AUGCCUCCAACACCCUCAAUCCCAACCUUCCUCCUCCCCCGCGGCCUCCCCUCAACCCGAACCCUCCGCAGCUUCUCAACCACGCGCACCGCCCUCAAAAAGAAGAGCAACAUCACCAACAACAACGAUGCCCGCCACCGAGUGCUCAGCCAGCCCGACAAGUUCCGGCCCCCAUCGCACCCCCCAGCGCCUCGUCCACCCGUCCUCGCGCAACAGCGAGCCGAUCAACUACCCGGGUCCACGGAUGUCAGCAGAGGAGCGCGAGGCACAAAAGAAGCGCCAAUACCCGAACAUGUUUCCGCCGGAGGGGACGGUGAUGUUCAAGUUUUUGACGAGUCGGUGGAUUCAUAUUUGGAUUGCGAUGGUGUCCUAACCUCAUGCGCCUCCUUCACCUUCAUCACAAACUUCAAAGCCUCCUCCCCCUUCGCGCACCUCCUCCCCCCAAUGUCCGGGCUGCUCUCGCACCCGCUUGACACUAUUUCCCAGGCCUUCUCCGUGUACCGCAUGCACGUGCAGCAUAACUCUAUGCGCGUGCGCGAGCAGCGACAUCGUCGGAUCGAGGACGCUGAGAAGCGGCGCCAGUACCGGGUUGCGCAUGGGCUCGAAGAACCUGCGGAGCAAGGCACUGGUGAUAAUCAGUCGCCUGUGGCGGAGGCGGACGUGAAUGCGAAUGCUGUACCUGCUACUGCUACUGCUGGGAGUGCUGAGGCGAAGGAUGGUAGUCCGCGGGAGUUUGUUGAUUGGGAGGGGAAUCGGAGGCCUGUUAAGAAGUGGUUGGGGAUUUGGUGA